UUUAAAAACUGAAAAAAAGUAAAACUUAUUCCAUACGAUAAUUUUGAGAAAUUUUUUAAGGAGUAUGAAGCUGUUGUUUUUAUUUUCCACUUUUUGUUUUGCAAGUGUCGGAAUAAAAGUCUGCUCUGCAUUGUCCUGCAACAAAUGCAACAGCGCUGUGUCAUGGACAGAUUGUAACAAGCAAGGUAGUUCGGCGACAUGUUAUUCUAAAGAUGAUGUUUGCUAUGCAGUCAAGAUGGUGCGAUAUGAUGGAAAAGCUUACCAAAUGGAUUGUACCACAAAAGAAUUGUGCACGAAACAAAGCCUCUGCCAUGGAGAUACUACAUACUGCAAGGUAUCGUGUUGUGAGACGGAUAAUUGCUGCUCAAAUGGUGAUUGUAAUGCUGGUGGAUACCUAAAGACAAAUGUGUGGCUUCUUGUAUUUUUCUUAUACCUUGCUUAUAUUCUGACGUUUCAAUAAAUACACAUAAUAUGAAGAAAAAGAA